UUAAAAUUUAUACAGUAUCUGGUGUAUUUACAUCUUUGCAUUUGGAACACUUUAGAACACCAUGGGUCUACCUCUUCUAUAUGUGUGUUCUGUUCUCAUCACAGUGGUGGGGGCUGUGGAACUCAAUCAGGAGAUCAGUGUGUCUGCAGCUGUGGGGAAAGAGGUCUCAAUUCCCUGCACUUAUGGAACUGGGUGUUGGGACUACAUCCACUGGUACCAGAAAAAGGAGGGAGAGAGCUUUAAGAGAAUCCUGUACAUUAAAAUAAGUGAUGGAAUCAAAACAAACGAUCCUGGUUAUCAGGAGUUCAAAGCAGAGAAAAAAGGAAAUAAAUUCACUCUAAAAUUCCCGCAGUUGAAGUCGUCUCAUGCGGCAGUGUACUACUGUGCAUGCUGGGAUUCCUCCUCCCACAUGGUGGGGGCUGUGGAACUCAAUCAGGAGAUCAGUGUGUCUGCAGCUGUGGGGAAAGAGGUCUCAAUUCACUGCACUUAUGGAACUGGGUGUUGGGACUACAUCCACUGGUAUCAGAAAAAGGAGGGAGAGAGCUUUAAGAGAAUCCUGUACGUAGAUAUAAGCUCUGGAGCCAAAACAAAUGACCCUGGUUAUCAGGAGUUCAAAGCAGAGAAAAAAAGAAAUAAAUUCACUCUAAAAAUCCCACAGUUGAAGGCCUCUCAUGCUGCAGUGUACUACUGUGCAUGCUGGGAUGAGGAUUCCUCCCACAAACCACAGAUCUUAACACCACCUCUAACACAAAGAGGAGCUUGCUUUGUUACAAUGUCAGAGCUCACAGCCAUCUUCUUUCUGAUCUUUUUUGGCUUCACAUCAGGUGACACAGGGACAAGUGUGACAUACCCAAAGAUCUGGACUGUGGUCAAGCUGGGAAGAGCUGCCCGGAUAAAAUGUGAGGUGGACAGCUCUGUUCCUCUGGACACUAACCCCUUGCACUGGUACAAAUGGAGAGAGGGGGAAGCUUUUACACGGCUCCUUCACUUCACAGCAGGCAGCAGCACUGUUGAAAAAGAUGACGGCGUGGCAGGUUCGGUCACUGCAUCGAAAUCUAAACAAACGUCCACUCUGACCAUAUCUACCACCACCGCCUCCAAUGACAAUGAUGUCUACUACUGCGCGGUGUGGAGCGGAGGAAACGGAAAAGUCUUUGGAUCGGGCACACGACUUUAUGUGACAGAGAGAGCCAUCCGUGCACCUAAAGUGAGUGUCUACUCCACCUCCAAAGCUGUAGAACAGAAAAUCACCUUUCUGUGCCACGCCAGUGAUAUGUUUCCAGAUAUAAUCCGAUUCACCUGGCAGGAGAAGACCAAUGGUCAAUGGGUUGACGUGAAAAAGGAUGGGCUUGAGUUGCUGGAAGGGAGCUUCUCCAAGGACGACACAAGGACCAGCAUGAUGCUCAUUGACCAGCAGAAGGCCAAGAACAACCAAUACGCCUGUACCUACACCCACGAGGCCAACAAGAAUGCACAGCAGAGUGAACGUGUUGAGAUCGAAAAGAAAGCCUCAGAAGACCAGGGAUCUGGGACACAAAAAACACCCAUUACACAAACCUGCCCACCGGCCAAAAUCACAAAUGAGACAGCUAACAUAGAUGCUCUUACAGAGCUCUUUGGAGCAGCACGCAGUCUGUAUCUGGCAACAUGGGUGUACACUAUGAUGAUUUUUAAAAGCAUGGUGUACUUCUGUGCCGUCUCCUACUUCCUGUGCACAAGGAAGAUGGGAGGCAAGCCCUCUGGCAACAGGAGAGCUCCCUGAUACCAGAAGAGCAGUGAUUUGCUUAUUCUAUAUUGACAAGAUCUUUUUGAAUGAGUGUUUUUUUUUGUAAUGCUUGUGUCAUGUCAUGUCAAAUUGGACAACUUACAGCUACUUCUACAGCAUUUUCUAAAUGUCUCAAUAUAUAUUAGGAUCUGUGCAUUAGCCUAUUUCCUCCAAUGUUUUUUGUUAUCCUUAUUGAUUAGUUUGUAAUGCUGUGAUAUGCACCUGGCAUCUUAAUACUGGUUUGUCCAGCUGUAUUAUCUUGUAAAUUAGCAUACUAUACUUUACCUUUUCAAUUUCAACUACUCCAAUUUAUAAUGAAUAUAGCUAGAAAUACAGAAAAUAUUGUAAAAUUGAAUAUGGAAAUUAUUCUACUUUGUGCUUUAUACCUUCUUCUGAAAUAAUAAAAUAACUAAUGAUUGGGCUAUGUAAGAUGACAUUAAACUGGAUUAAAAUGUUUUAAAUGAU